UCUUCUUCUUCUUCUUCUUCCUCAGCUUCUUCUUCUACUUACAUCUCAGAGCUGGUUAUUUUACGGUUAAGCAAACGAAACGGUGUUCGAGGGCGCAACACGAUGACCAAGUUCGCGCGACCAUGUGGUGAUCCACGUGCCCUACAAGAUCAAGACGAUCCACCAUACGCACACCAUCACGAAACACAUCCACCACGGAGGCGGAGGUGGUGACAAGUACGAAGUUCUCGGCUACACGGUGGGCCAUCCCAUAGAUUUGGGAGGUCACGGUGGUGGUGGUGGUGGUGGUGACUUCGGAGGCGGUGGCGGCCACGAUUUCGGCGGCGGCGGCGGCGACUUUGGAGGUGGCCACAUCGAAUACAGCGGCGGCGGAGGCGGAGGCGGAGGCGGUGGCGGUGGUCACAUCGAGUACAGCGGCGGCGACAUCGGCGGCGGUCAUGGAGGCGGAUUCGGUGGAGGAGGCCACGAAGAUUGGGGCGGCCAC